AUGGCGCCGGCGCGCGACGCGGCGACGGCGUCGACGAGCGCGGCCGACGGCGCGUUCGUCGCGUUUCUGUGCGCGCUCGCGCCGCGCGAGCUGGACGCGCUGUACGCGUCGUCGCCGUGGAGCGCGCUCGCGGUGCUGCGCGCGUGCGAUUCGAUCGCGAAACAAAUCAUCCUGCGCCUGGCGUACGUCGACGACGGCGCGGACGCGCGCGAGUGCGCGAAGUGGUGCGGCGACGGCGCGAGCGAUGCGCGCGCGCUGGAGCGCGCGAUGGCGCGGUUGGCGCGGUUGAGGGUGACGACGGCGCUGGGCGAGGGCGAAGACGCGCGCGUCGUCGCGAACGAGGCGUUCGCGAAUAAUCUGCGACGCGCGCUCGAGCGAGGAUUCGUGAAUUUGGACGAUGGCGACGGGGCAGACGCGCGGGAGGACGCGGGCGUGGCGGCCAAGGUGCCGGAUCGAGCGACGCUGAACGCGUACGCGAAGGCGAAGUGGGAAGACUUGCUGCUCACGCUCACGGGGGCGUCGAACGCGUUCUCGAGGCCGGGGGCCAAGGUGAAGGGACGAUUGGACGCGCAGGCGCUGUUUCGAGCCGCGGGGCUGACGACGGCGACGACGGCGGCGCUGAAGAAGGGCGGACAGAAGCGGUUGAAGAACGCGGGCGUCACCGCGGAGGGAUUCGCGUUUUUGUUGCAGACGGCGCAAGAGCAAAUAUGGGUGCUGUUGACGCAGUACAUACGCGAUUCGCAGAAGACGUCGGCGACGAGCGCGAUCAGUUUCUUGCUCAGGCUGACGUUUCAGGAACCGGGGCGCGCGUACGCGAUGACGGGGGUGCUGAGCGACACGGAGCAAGACGUCGUGCUCGAUUUGACGCAUCUCGGGUUGCUGUACACGUUUGAGGUGAAGAAAAAGUUCUACUACGUCCCCACGCUCCUCGCCAGUGGCUUGUCCGGCGGAUUCACCGGGGAUGACGGCGAUACCAAGGCGGCGGCGGCGGCGGCGGAAGGACACAUCAUAGUCGAGACGAAUUAUCGCGUGUACGCGUACACGUCCAGCGCCGUGGAGAUGGAGAUUUUGCGGCUGUUCACGCGCGCGGAUUAUCGCUUGCCCAACUUGUACGUCGGUAUGUUGACGCGCGAGAGCGUGCAAAACGCACUUCGCGCGGGUGUGGACGCAGAACAGAUCGUGGGGUACAUUCGCGCGCACGCGCACAAGCAAGUUCGCCGAAAAAAGCCGAGUGUACCGAGCACGGUGUGCGACCAAAUUCGUCUUUGGGCGCGCGACAUGGAACGCAUGGAAGCAGAGGAAUGCGUGCUGUACUGCGAUUUCCCGCAGGCCGGUACUUUUUACGGCGCCGUCGUGAGCGAGGCGGAAAAACGAGGCGCGCUGUUGUGGCGAGACGACGCGUCGAGGCGGUUGACUGUCCGCGCGUCGGCGCACGACGAGAUGAAAGCCGUCGUCGGCGCGCUGAAGCAAAAGUUAGACGCGGUGUAA